AUGGACGAUGACGGUGGUGCAGUCGGUGGUCGAAGUCGCAGGCGACAGUGGCCUAGCAAGAAAGAUGGCGGUGUCGUUGUACAGGCUGGAUGGACCAGCAGCGUCAUCAAUCUGGUCAACACAAUCGUCGGUGCCGGAGCCCUGGCGAUGCCGCACGCCAUAUCUCGCAUGGGAAUGUUUCUAGGAGUCACGGUUGUUCUUUGGGCCGGCCUCACUUCGGCUUUCGGGUUAUAUUUGCAGACACGGUGCGCUCGGUACCUGGAGCGAGGCACAUCUUCCUUUUUCGCCCUCUCCCAGAUCACCUAUCCGAACGCAGCGGUCAUAUUCGAUGCGGCAAUUGCGAUUAAGUGUUUUGGCGUCGGUGUCAGCUAUCUCAUCAUUAUUGGUGAUCUGAUGCCCGGCGUUAUCGAAGGGUUCGUUGGUGGCACUUCUGGAGUUGAUUUCUUAUACGACCGGCAUUUUUGGGUUACUGCGUUCAUUAUUGUCGCCUUGAUCUCGAUCGGAUAUCUUGUCAUUCUGGUUGUCGCCCACUUCAUCAAGGGAGACACCAUGGCUGACCGUGGCCCAAUUCAUUUUAUUGAAUGGCAGGGCCUUAUUUCUGCCUUGAGCGUUUUUCCAGUCAUUGUAUUUGCAUAUACUUGCCACCAAAACGUACGUUGGGAAAAAAAACCCUGUUUCUGCUGUGCAAAUUUUCAUACUAAUGCUCGUAUUUUCCUGCAGAUGUUCUCGAUUCUUAAUGAGAUCGCCAACGAUAGUCAUUAUAGAACAACUAGCGUGAUCGUGACGUCGAUCGGCAGCGCUGCAGCAACCUACGUUCUCGUCGGUGUAACCGGGUAUCUCUCCUUUGGCGAUACCAUUGGCGGCAACAUUGUUGGAAUGUAUGCACCAUCAUUAACGUCGACAAUUGCCCGCGCGGCCAUCGUUAUCCUCGUUAUCUUCUCCUAUCCUCUGCAGAUUCACCCAUGCAGAGCAUCCCUGGACGCAGUCUUGAAAUGGCGUCCAAACAGCAACAAGUCUCCUGCAAACACCCAUUCGCCAAAUCGAAAUCCUCUAAUCCCACGAACAAGCCCACCAAGCGAGGGCAUGAGCGACAUGCGCUUUGCAAUCAUAACUACUGUCAUUAUCGUGCUCAGUUACAUUGUUGCCAUGACCGUUUCUUCCCUCGAAGCGGUGCUAGCAUAUGUCGGUGCAACCGGAAGCACAAGCAUCAGCUUCAUCCUCCCAGGACUAUUCUACUACAAGAUUUCUUCUCCCGAGUCAGCCGCCCACCAACGUCUGAUGAAAGAAGACGACGAGCUGGAUGCAGAGGAACACUCCAAUGAAGUCAAUCCUUCGGCCGAUGCAUCCCAAGGCCUUCUGGGUCAGUCCUAUGCCCGCUUUAUGUCCCGCUCUACCAGCCAAUGGCGCCGAGGCCUUCUCCGCAAACUUAGUUUGGGCCUCGUAGUAUACGGCGUCGUGGUCAUGGUCGUCUGUCUGGUCACAAACACCUUCUUUUUAGCCUCAGACAUCAAGGGAUGA